AUGAGUUCCUACCAGCAGAAGCAGCCCUUUGUCCCACCCCCUCAACUGCAGGAGCAGCAAGUGAAGCAGCCCUGCCAGCCUCCCCCCCAAGGACCGCUGGUUCCCACAAUCCCAGAGCCGUGCCACCCAAAUGUCCCUCAGCCUGGGAACACCAAGACUCCAGAGCCAGGCUGCACCCCAGGCUGCACUGUGGCUCCACAGCCAGGCUAUACCGUGGUUCCUGAGCCUUUCCCCUCAAAAGUGGCUCCAGGCCCAGCUCAGCAGAAGACCAAGCAGAAGUGA